AUGGGUGUGAUUGGUGUGCAGCUGGUGGUUACCAUGGUAAUGGCCAGUGUAAUUCAAAAAAUCAUACCUCAUUAUUCCUUCGCAAGAUGGCUACUUUGCAGUGGCAGUCUGCGGUGGUAUCAGCACCCUACGGAAGAUGAGUUGAGGAGCUUAGCAGGGAAACAAAAAGGACAGAAGCGGAAAGACAGGAAGUACAAUGGCCACAUCGACAAUAAACCUCUCACCGUUCCAAAGGACAUCGACUUGCAGCUGGAGACUAAAUAUAUCGCCGAGGUAGACACAUUAGCGCUGCACUACUUCCCAGAGUUCCAGUGGUUGGUAGAUUUCACGUUGGCGGCGACUCUGGUGUAUCUGAUUACAGAAGCAUACUACAGCGUGGCCCAGCCCUCGGCGGAGAUGAACAUCAGUGUGGUGUGGUGCCUGCUUGUGCUCGCCUUUGUGGUUAAAACCCUCUUUUCAAUCACCGCACACUACUUCAAGUUGGAAGAGGGAGGCGAGCGCUCACUCUGUAUUACUUUUGGCUUCUUCUUCUUUGUUAAAGCCAUGGCAAUCCUCAUAGUUACUGAAAACUAUUUGGAGUUUGGCCUGGAAACUGGCUUUGAAAACUUCUCAGACAGUGCUCUGCGGUUCCUGGAGAAUCAGGGCUUGGAUUCACAGGGUCCAAUAUCUAAACUCACCUUUAAACUCAUCUUGGCUUUGCUUUGCUCUCUGAUUGGAGCGUUCCUAACUUUUCCUGGUCUGCGAUUGGCUCAGAUGCACCUGGAUGCACUCACAUUGACCCAUAACAAAUUAACACAGACUCUGCUUCAUAUGAACUUCUUAUCACCACUUAUCAUGGUCUUAUUGUGGGUGAAGCCAAUCACCAAGGACUACAUAAUGAACCCCACUUUUGGGAAGGAGAGUGUGCCUUUAAUGAGCGAGCAGACGUUUGAUACUCUGAGGCUGUGGGCCAUCAUUGGACUGUGCGUUCUGCGACUGGGUAUGAUGCGCCACCAUCUUCAGGCCUACCUCAACCUGGCCCAGAAAGGAGUGGAGCAGAUGAAGAAGGAGGCGGGCCGCAUCAGUACUGUGGAUCUGCAGAAGAUGGUUGCACGUGUUUUCUACUACUUGUGUGUUAUCGCACUUCAGUAUGUGGCACCUUUAAUAAUGUUGCUACACACAACUUUGCUGCUAAAAACCUUGGGUGGACACUCGUGGGGGGUCUACGCUGAAGGAGACCUGCCUUGUGCCCACGACUUGAACUCUGGUGCUGCUGUUUCAGCGACCGCGGACCCCAUCGCACCAGUGGACUCUGCACUAGAGGCAGGAGCGCGUGUGUCCGUGGCUCAGCUGUCCGUCGCCUUGGGAGGACUGAGAACUGUCUUCAGCCCACUGCUUUUUCGGGGCCUUUUCUCAUUCUUCACUUGGUGGAUCGCUGCCUGUCUGUUUUCCACCUCCCUCUUUGGGCUGUUUUACCAUCAGUACCUAAUGGCAGCAUAG